AUGUUGGGCAAGACAUUUAGUGAGAAGACGAUGAUUAAUGGUUCCUCAUCUGGGUCACUCUACCUUGGUGAGCCAGUGGUCUUCACAGUCAAGGAAGGCAACGAGGAAGGACUUUUUGCCUUAGAUAGUUCCAGUGGACGUCUCACCCUCACCCAGCCACUCGACUUUGAACAACAAGAACAGCACGAGCUGGUGGUUGCGGCUGCGGCGGGGGAGGGGCGAAGCGAGGCGCGGGUGGUGGUGCGGGUGGUAGAUCAGAACGACCACGCCCCUGUCUUUCCCAGGACCCUCCAUGAAACUCAGAUCACUGAAGAGGACGACAGGCACCUUCCCAAGACCAUACUCACGGUGACGGCGAAGGACGGGGACGCUGGGGACUACGGCCACCUCCACUAUUCCCUCUCCGGCGACGGCGUCUACACGAACGGCACAAGACCGUGCUUCGCUGUCGACUCCACCACCGGCGCCAUCCACCUCCUGCGACCGCUUGACCGCGACCCGCCUUAUGGGAGGUCACAGUGGCGGCUGCGGGUGACAGCCACGGACGGACAACAGGAAGCAGUCACUGCAGUUCACGUCAACCUGAAGGACAUCAACGACAACGCGCCGUUCUUCCCGCACCACGUCGUCAACGCAACCAUCUCGGAGAACACUCCCGAGGGGGCGGCCGUAGCUCAGGUCUCCGCUACAGACAAUGACGACCCCCGCGAGGGGCAAAAUGCACGCCUCGUGUACUCGCUGGAGAAGAACGUGAUCGACGAGACUUCAGGUAGACCCAUCUUCGCAGUGGACAGCGAGAAGGGACUCAUCACCACCGCCCUCUGCUGUCUAGAUAGAGAGAAGACUCAGAGAUACGCCAUCCAGGUCGUGGCUACAGACGGUGGGGGACUCAAAGGCACAGGCACGGUGCUGGUGGAGGUGACUGACGUGAACGACGUGCCUCCCAGGUUCUCCAAGCCAGAGUGGACACUAGACGUGUCAGAGAGCCUCACACCAGACCACGUCCUCGCCACCCUCUCUGUCCUAGACCAAGACAUCUCCAACAACUUCACUUUCAGGGUCAGUUACAAUAUCUAAAAAAAAUUAUUUUUGU